GCUUUGGUCGAAAAGCGCGACACGUCUCCAGCGGCUCCUAGCGAGAUGAGACUGCGUGGCCCAGUUGUUUGAGGGCUACGUAAGGUGGGCAUGUGCUGCUUAAAUGCUGCUUCUCAAGUCGGGUCUGUAGCACCUCAUUUUUGAAACUCUCGUCGUGGGGAACUAACUGCUCUAUUCGCCCUGCGAGGAGCACGCGAUCACUGCGGCAUCUAACAAAGUGGUUUGGAGAGAAUGACGUGCACACGUGUUAUGCGCUCGCUGUCGACCUUCACAUCGGAUGCUGAAGUCGAGCGCGAACUCGAGAAUUCCUUCCCGAGAUGUCAGGUCCCUCGAGAGCAGCCACCCAGUUGGGCGACCAUGACUUACGUCGAGACGUCGCGAGAUCUUCCUCCGCUCGAGUCUGGCAACUUGGCAUUGGAAGAUCAGUUCUGCGGCUGGCUUUGGAUGCGCGGAACACGUCUCGGACGUUGGCGUCACCGGUAUUUCUGUCUGGACGGUACCAUGCUUUCAUAUUUCACGAGUUUUCCUGCUGAGGUGUUCCUAAAGCAAGCCCAAGCCUCCGUGGCAUCAGCUUGGGCGUCUCGCAAUCUUUUUCACUUCGGUGAUGGCUGUCAGCCUCGAGGUGUCAUCCGAGUGGCACAUAUUGACGACACUGACCGGACAAACCGCGUGGGAUUUAAGGUCUAUGGUGCGUGUGGCAAGGUCAUCGACAUUCGAGCACACGACUCUCACGAACGUAACCGGUGGCUUCGCGCACUAAAGACUCCUGCACGUCGAAAGUCUCGGUCGUGGACUACCGGGUCCAGCGAAGAGGUAACGCUGAGCAUGUCAUCCUUUGAUCCCGAUGGACUGUGUCGGUUUGAUCGCCUCUCCAUUCCAAUUGUUAAGAGUGGCUGGAUGGAGAAAAAGACGUCGUUUCUGGGACUGUGGAAACGCUACUUCUUCGUGGUGCAAGGCUCCAUGCUGUCGUAUUAUAACAGCGACAAACCCUAUGAAGUUCCUCGCUGGAGAGGAUACGUCGAAGACGUUAAGGCGCGUCGACGUGGUGGAUCUCUGGUUUUGCCUUCAGCAAGCACCACAUCGGCUCCUCCAACAUUAGAACUCAUCAUUUCACUUGACUCUCCACAGAACCAAGUGAUCCACGUGCGAUUUCGCAACGUCGAAGAAGCUCGUGCGUGGCGUCGUGUGCUGCGUGCAAAUUUGCCUGGACGCAGAAACAAUAACUCAACUUUGACGGCAUAG